CGACACGUCAUUAUUUUGCUGAGGUCCUACGCGUUGACAUCUGUCUGAAUAUUUCUUGUGAACCUCGCAGAGAAGAAUCGUUUCCAAAAUGGCGUCCCUGAUACAGAAGAUACCUCUGAUGGUGCUUCUCCUGACCGGCUUCGUUUGGCUUUCUGAAGGUCAGUUCUGCACGAAAUGUCCCGAUUAUUGGAUGAAGGUCGGUGAAUAUUGCUACCAAUACUUCGGCAAUAAAAGGACAUGUCACGACGCUGAGAACAUUUGUAAUCGAAUUGGAGGAGACCUGCCCAGCAUCCGAAACGAGAAGGAAAGUAACACCAUCUACCAGCUAUGGAAGGGUCUCGUUAAUCAUCCCACUCAAAAGGAAUCUGCAUACUGGAUCGGUCUCCGUGAUACCAACCAGGAAAACAAGUUUGACUGGACAGAUGGCACCCCUGUAGACUACUAUAACUGGCAGCCUGGACAACCCGACAACUGGCAAAACGAGGACUGUGUUGAAGUCCGCAACGUUGGCAACAAUGACUACGAACGACAGCGCUGGAAUGAUAAGGGGUGCAGUACCGCUCGAGCCUUCUUUUGCCGUAUGCCGCUCAACUGAACGUCAGAGAUCCAAUGUCGAUUAUCACGAAGGGGGGGGGGGGGGGGGG